AUGAACAUCGUGGAGAGACAGUGGGAGAUGAAGCUGGAGAAGGAACAGUUUCCUGAUAGCAAACCAAAGACAACAGGAGUCGGACCUGUUAUACUUGAAAAAGGGAUAGUUGUUGAUAAUGAAGAGAUUUUUGAUGGAGCUGGGCAAUCAAAAUUUGUUCUAGAGAACCUUCAGCAUUGUACAGUCCAUCCAAAUUUGGCCCACUUCUAUGAGCCUUCGAAGCCGACAGCCCUGCACAGAUUCCUGGAACGAAACAAGAAAAUCAAGAGCUUCAUGUUAAAAGUAACAGAGUAUGAUCAGGAUAAGACCUUACUGAUCAUGACCAACAACCCACCGCCCUGCCCAAUAAACCUGCAAGGGAAGGACAUCACCCCAAAAUACUUCUCCAAGGAGUUACUGGCCAAGGUAAAGACACCUGAGGAACAAGAAAGUCAGCAACAGCACAAACCCACUCAAGACAUCUACCUACCCCAGAUGCCUCAGAAGAAAAAGGGCAGGCCUUGGUUAACACCAGUCUUCCCCGUGACCCUGUUGAAUGAUCCCGCAUCCAAGCGAGAGCAGUGGUUUAGGUUUUCCACUGACAAUGAUUUCAAGAGUGAAGGGAAGUAUUCAAAGGCCUAUGCUUUGCAGAAACAGAAAAAAAUGUACCCUCAGCUCACCUUUUCUACCGUCUGUAAAAGAGAUAUGAGACAAGAUGCUUCCCAGAAGUCAGAGAGUGCAGGGCUCGUUUCCAAGGCCAUCUGGGAACCACUCACCCUGUCAUCGCUCCUGGAAGAGAAGCCCACCAGAACUGUGCCCGGGGAGAGUGCCUUCCGCAACGGAAGGGCCCAGCAGUGGAUCAUAAACAAUGCCACUGUCAUUAAGUGA